CUAGGUCAAAGGUCAAGGUCACAGUGACUCGAAACAGUAAAAUGGUAAUUGGUUUCCUGAUGAUAACUCAAGAAUAAUUAGGCCUAGGAUCAUGAAACUUCAUAGGUACAUUGAUCAUGACUGGCAGAUGACCCCUAUUGAUUUUCAGGUCACUACGUCAAAGGUCAAGGUCACAGUGACAAAUAAAAUAUUCACACAAUGGCUGCCUCUACAACUGACAGAUCAUAUGGGGGGCAUGCAUGUUUUACAAACAGCCCUUGUUUAUUUCUGAUUUCCAUAAAAUUACUAUUUCCUCUUAUUAAAUCAUAUAACUAUAACAAUUUUUUUUUCAUUUAUCCACUGCAAAUGAAGCCUCAUCACUUACAUGAUGGUGAUUAUUUCCAAUAUAUAUCUGUGUUAGGAGGGCCUAGUUCUAUUUCCAGUGCCCAUACUAGAGGAGAUGUGGCCGUUCAGGAGCCAGGACCAACUGAAACAGACUGUGCUGCAGCUCAUAUCACACAACCUGUCCUCCAGUGACAUUCUUAAUGAGCUUUCCUGCAUAAAGAAAGAUGAGACGUUUGACAGUUCUAUGAUUGCCCCUCUAGGGUUCAGCUAUGCAGCACAUGUUACCAAGGUGACCUCUCAGCAACAGUUUGGCUGCCAGGCAGCAGACAGAUAUAUUGAGAAAAUUGUGCAGUUGGUGAACAAGGAAACACCUGAAACAGAGAAAGAGCUUGUCAACACUGUCAGUUUGGUACAUCAGCUGAUUUUGAAUGGUUACCUCACUGAAUCUGGUUUCCAUGACAACCUGUGUCGCCAUCUGGACCUGCCCCUCUCUUUGCUGUGGAUCUUGCACAAGGAGGGAGUGGUUGCCAUAGAAACACAUUUCUGCAAGAUGAUGAACAGACAAGGCUUUGGUGAUGAAUUCUGUAGAAAAGUUGUGCAAGCCUGCAUCAAGAAUGAUUCAACAAAUGUUGUCAUAGCAACAGAAGUUGUCAUAGGAAUCCUGAGCGAGUGUGUGGAGCUGGGCUAUGCUGAGGAAGCCUCCCUUCAGUCCCCUGCCAGGGACCUGGCUGCCAGUAUCCUCCAGUCUGUUGUUCUAGGUCUUGUAGACGAAGCCAUGAAAUCUCCCAAACACAGUGCAGGAUCCGUGGUGCUGUUUGAUCAAUCCAAGGUUGGACCAGCUGCUCUGAAAAAAGCCUCAUCAUCACUGAUUGUUGCAAUACUGAGCCACAAACCUGUACACAAAGUGUCACAAGCUAUAAGGGAUCAGCACAACUGGGCCUAUGGGCAGAUGCCUGCAGCAUUGAUACAUCUUUAUAAACAGCUGCUGAUUCCAUUUGGGAUUGAAGAAGUACUUCAUAUUCUCCGACAAGUACUUGAUGAACAGGAAGUCAGCUGGCAGUUGUUGUUGUCACUUGUAUCAGUGGUGGUUGUCUGCUACCAGAACUCUACUCAGCACAUUCUAGAUAUGACAGAUGCCCUGGUACAGGAAGGCCUGGAGGGCUGUGACAUGGAGAGUACCAUCACAGGGCUCCUACUGGCCAGGCAGGCCUGCCUACACGGACCCCAUGUGUUCAUGGCAUACCCGGAGUGGUUCCAGAGAUCAUUUUCUGAAGGUGCAAACUGCCCAGUGAAAACCAGGAAAAGUUUUACGUUCUUGAUGAAGUUCUUGACUGAUCUCAUGCCACAUGAGUCUGCUCAGCACAUCAAGGUUCACAUCGCUAGGCCCCCGUUUGUUCCCCCGAAGUGUAGGGAUAUCUUGGCUGACUACAUACUGCUGGCAAAAACCAGGCUCCAGGACCUCAAGGAGAUAUUAGAUGAUAACAGCAAAGAUGGUGGGGUGACUAAUGGCAAUACAAAGUCUGGUGACAGUGCUCAGGCAAGAAGAGGAAGCCAUACUACAUUGGACAGUUCCCUACCUCAGCUGCUAAAACCAAGGCCUCUACCGAACUUCCCUGACCCCAGAAUGAAGCUGAUAACUGCUUUGAAAAAUGCUGGAAAGAUCCCUCUGUCCAUGUUCACCAACUAUGAGAGGGAAUGCCAGAGAGAGUCAGCUCAGUUGUUAGAAGGUGUGUUUCUGGACUCGGACUCUGAUGGGGAGAUGGAAACCUCUGACCUUGACCUUCUUCUGUCCAGUCUACAUCAGCUUGUUGCUAUGGCUACAAGAUGUGGCCUUGACCCUGCUCAAAAGGUCAAAUAUACAGAAACAGAGUUGGUAACCCUUAUAUGUGAAAGGAUUGAAGCCUGCUUUUCAUUGAAACCUUGGCCUGGACUUGAGCCUAUUCCAGUUAUAAUGAUAGAACGUCACACAAUCAACCUCCCAGAAACCCAGUUGAAGAAUGUCUUCAUGCAGAGAAGGGCUUAUUUCAUUCAGGUAGGAGAAGAAAAGUCUCGAGUGAGGGGCUAUGUGGAAGAAGUCGUACCUGCGGUUACCGAUGAGGACUUCAGAAGAAUUUUUAGGAUGAAUCGAACAACAUUUUUCUUUCUUCUGGAGCACUUGGAGACUCUACCAGAACUUCAGCCAUUGGGUCAUGGUAGAAGAGAACCAAUCGGCAUCCAUAAACAGUUACUUAUUACAUUGUGGAAUGUUGGUGGAACUGAUCCUCAGAGAAAAAUAGCUGAUCGAUUUGGAGUGUCUGAAUCUAGGGACAAAAUUAUUUCCGCCUUAAUAGGAAUGAGACAGAACAUAAUUAGAUGGCCCAACCCCCAGGAAUUGCAAACUGAAGAACAAUUAUUUCAAAGGCGAAAUGGAUUUCCUUGCAUAGUUGGUGCGAUUGAUGGGACACACAUACAGAUUAAAGCACCGCGAGACCAUCCCCAGAGCUAUGUUAACAGAAAACACUAUCAUUCAUUACAACUUCAGUGUGUGUGUAGACACAACAUGUUGUUUAGUCAUGUUUUUACUGGAUAUCUCGGAAGUUUCCAUGACUCAAGAGUACUCCAGUUAUCAGAUUUAUUGGAGAGUUGUCCAGAUAAAUGUGGUAGAAAGUAUCACAUUCUUGAGGAUGGGGGUAUCCUUUACGAAAGUGGAUUGUUGACACCAUAUCGUGACAAUGGACACUUUACCACUGAGCAACAAUACAACACGUACCAUUCAAGUAACAGAGUUGUUAUUGAAAGGGCUUUCGCAUUAUUGAAAUGUCGUUUUAGGAGUCUUCACUAUCUUGACACUGUAUCUAUUUCAACAGCAGUGAAUAUCAUAGUGGCAUGUUGUGUGUUGCACAACUUCUGCAUUUUAGAGUAUGAUGUACUAGAGGAUAACAUGGAACAGGACUUAACAUGGAACAGGACUUAG